AUGUCCAAAGAUCACAGGCCAUUAUGCAUUAAGGAAAGAAAGAGGAUAAAGUCUCUAGGUGGAUACAUAGAUAAUGGUUACUUGAACAGCCAGUUAGGUGUGACUCAUGCACUAGGCAACUGGAAUCUCCAAGGAAUGAAGGAAAUUAAUGGAAUGGGUGGACCAUUUAGUGCUGAGUCUAAACUUAAGUUAAUCACAUUGACAAAAGAAGAUGAAUUUUUCAUAAUUGGGAGUGAUGGGAUCUGGGAUGUUUUUCACAGCCAAAAUGCCAUACACUUUGCUCGAAGGAGUCUUCAAGAGCAUAACGAUGUGAAGCAGUGUUGCGAGGAGGUGAUAGGGGAAGCAAUAAAGAGAGGAGCAACAGACAACUUAACAGUGGUGAUGAUAUCAUUGACUAAGACUGUUUAG